AUGGCCUAUGCAGACAUUCAGGUGAUAUUUGAUGCACUUGGUCUGGGAGAUGGGUUGAAAUUCUUUCUUGCAUAGCCCUAGAUAAGCCACUUUCUCUCACCUUUAUUCUAAGUGGAUAAAAUGGAGGUGAAAAGUGACCCAGUGGAGGCUUCUGUUUAGGAAAAUGGGGUACUGUGCCACCAGCCCCAGCCUGCCCUCAGCAAGCCUGCGUUGCAGCGGGGUUGGACUAGAGGACCUUUGUGGUCCCUUUCAACUCAACGAUUCUAUGAUUAUUUUUCUAUGAUUAUUAAGACCUUGCCUGCCUGCCUUCUUACUGACAACCAGCCCAGGGGGUGGCACUGCUUGUCAGCUUCCUCCUCCUUAGGCCCAUUGUUUCCCUCGUAGAACUCAGCAUGGAUGAGAAUAGGAACAAAAACAGAAUUAUUUCUCUCUGCCUGUCAUUGGCUCGAGCUCCUGCUACUCCUACUGGUGUCCAGCCCUUCUGCUCCACCAGCCCCAAUGAGCAACAACCACUGCUGGCUGUGUUACAGGAUUGUUGUAAAGGCAAGCACAGUAACACAUAGGAAGCACCACCACUUCAAAAUGGUCUCUUAAGUUAUUCUUCCUCACUACUGACACCACCAAAAUAAUGGGAUCCAAUAACUAGGUUUGCUUGCUUAUGUUUUCCCAAUCAAAUAGUUGCUUAUCCCCUCCCUGCCCCAUAACCCCCAUAACUCACAUGGCUGUCUUUCCUCUGCUGUUGCACUUAGGGGGGUGAGCUUUGUGAUCCUAGUACUGUUGGUUGUGUCUCUGCCCCAGAGGCCUAGCAAAGUCUUUGUUGAGGUCACCAUAGUAACGUAGUAAAGUGGGAGACAAUGAAGUAUGAUGCAGGGAGGGAGACCAGAAAGAAAAAGACCCAUUGAGGAGAGAGUUAUCAGUAAGUCACAGAAGUGAUUUAGAAGGAGAAGAACAUUUCUCCUGUAUGUAACUUAUUUUUCAUACGAAGCAAUGUUAGUUUAGAUUAUGGGUUCUUGAAAUCAUCAGUUUUGUACUGACAUAUUGCUCAUACUGUGUUUCCACACUUAACUCCUCCACGCACAACACAACAUACCCCACACAAACACAUGCCAUUAUAAUUGAGAAAACUGCAACAGAAAAAGAAUGAAUGGGAAAAGAGGGAGAAGGGAGUACAAAAGUGAGAUUUUGGUUUGUGUAUAUAUGUACACCUGUGGUUUCUCAUUGCAGCAAAAUAUGUGAACUGAUUCCACUGAGAAAUAGUUUGCAUAUGUGGUUCAAUCUUGAUGGUUCAUUCUCAUAUGCAACACUUCAUGCGAUGAGCAAGCUUAUGUGGAUUGACGACAUGAAGCAUGGCACCCCAAGAAAGGAACACCAAUGCUUUCACAUAGUUCUUAAAUACCAACCAACUAUGUAACCAUUCACUUAUUCUACAUAGGAGAAAUCCACAAGAAGUUUAGGCAAGGGCAAAGUGAAGAUGGAAGUCAGGCAGGGUAUGUUAAGACUGUAUGGGCACCCAGACUCAAACAGAAUGGAUUGAUAAUUCAUGUGACAAAGAAGGUAACAUGGAAAAGAAAUAAUUGUGUAAGCCUACUAGACCACAAAAUAUGGCAAGUGAACCCACAACCUUUGAAAGAACAACAAAGGGUUUCUAACACUAUUAUAGCUGGAUCUGAUCACUUUAGUUCCUGCUCACAUUACACUCUCUACCUAUAGGGAUAGGAUUUAUCAACAGGAUGCUGUUUUAACAGAGUUGGCUUCUCUGCUUGAAGCCUUCAUAAAACACUUGUUGGCUGAGUUCCCAAGACAGAUCAUUUUGUUGAGUUUGCAAAUGGAGUGUGUCAUAUUGACAAAGCAGCAAAGGCAAUAAAUUAUUAAGAGUUUGUCUGUAAAGGCAGAGGCAUAAAACAUGCCAAAUUCUCAAACGGAGCAGAAAGUAUAUAUAUAGCAAAUCUCCCUUUUUUUGUAUUUGUUACUCCUUCAUCUCUUUCAGUCUUUCCAGGCCCAGUUCACAUGUCACAGUAAGCCAUAGUUUACUAUGAAUACAGAGAUGGUUGCUGCUUCACAAACCAUGCUUCCUGGCUUAGUAUUAUAUCAGAACUGGGGGUCGAGGGUAGUUUUGUUCCAAACCACAAAUGGUAAGCCAAGAACAAGCUUUGGCUUAGCAUCAUAAUUUAUUUGGAAUGAACCUCAGUCCCUGGUGUGGACAUGAUGCUAUGUCGGGGAUCGUGGUGCUCCCAGUUAUACUAGGAGUGCAGUAGGAGCCAUCUGCUCCUGGACACACGUGCAAUAUCACCCUCCUGUUGGUGAUCCCUAGCAAGGGACAUUUAGGGUCAUACUACUCUGAUACUGCCUUUCCCUCAUUGUUCCUGUGCUGUAACUUGCAUUUUGUUUCCACUUCUGCAUAUAGUGCUAAACCAUGGUUUAGAGUUACGUUUGCACACAGCCAUAGUGUUAGAUGAGGAUAAUUUUCUACACAAGUUGGAAACUCCUACAUGGCAGAACUAUCUGGCUGAAAUGUUAUGAGUCUGUUUAACACAGGGGUGGAACCAAGAAGUGGGCCCAACCUACCAAGAUAUGAUUAUCUUGGGGGCUCAGUAUUUAACCUUUUACUUGUGUUAGCUAAACAGAAAGAAAUAAAGAUAUUUAGAAAAAUGACUUUAUUGUUUAAAAUAAAAAUUAAAUAAAUUAAUAAAAAGGGCUUUUCUUGUAUGCACACACAAAUAUAAAAACAUGCACACACAUAUACACAAAAACAUAUAUACCAUUAAAUAGAUGACAGCUGGCUCCCUAAUGUCUCAUUUUAUUUUAUUUUUGGUUUAUUUGUCUUGCCUCCUGGCUGGUUAAAGCUUUCUGAGUUAGAAUCCCACCCCUACAGGGUAGGUUAGCCUGGAUGACCCCUGGAGGUUAGUUCCAGCUUAAUGUAUCUAUUAUAGUCUUUUUCCUUUGGUGUUUCUUGACUUUGUUUUUGGCCUCAAAACUCAAUGGGUUUGUUGACCUAAAGUUAACUUUUAGCCUCUUUAUCUUUAUAUCCUUUUCUUUUAGACUUAGGGAAGAAGAUACAACAAAGCAUAUUUGUAGAGAUUUGUCAUCCAAUUUACAUUCAGCUUGAAUAGGGCUUUACCUGCUUUUGUGUGUACAACAAUAGAAGUUUAAAUCCCUCUUGUUGACCACAGAUUUCCGCAUCAUAAUUUUAGCUUGUUGUGCAGUGCAGUCUGAGUGUUUCGCAAAUGUUGACUAUUGCUACUGCUUAUUGGAGGAAGGAAAUCUGGGUGUUAGAAUUCUAUGCUUUUAGGAAUUGCAGUCAGAAAAAUGUUCAGUAUGCUCUUCAUCUCUGCCUUGUGACCUGCCAAAGAAUCUGACAUUUGAUUUGGCUUCUUAAGCAGGAUGACUUUCUUUUUCUUUUUUAAAUAUAGUAAUCAUUGCUAGAGAUAAAUGCUGGAAGCAAAAAGUGCCCAAGUGCUUUUAUCCCCUCCCUGCCAAGGAAUGUGUAGAAAAUCUGAUAAAUGCAUGGAAACCAAAGUGGGCUUUGAAUGGGAUAUUUUGUGGUCAGGAUUCAAGCCUUCAAGGCUUCCCGUACUAAUGGUUCUGAUCAAACUCAGUAACUUUGGACAACUUUUGUAAAAUAUUGCAAAAUUCAUUCUAAGCUCAGAAUGUCUUGCUGCAGAAUUUGGUUCACAUGUGCAAAAGCAGUCUAACUUCAGGCCACUAUUGAUUGAAAUUAGGAAAUACAGCUGUCUAGAAGCAAUAAAAUAAGUUGUGAUCAGUAUAACAUGGGCUGUUGACAAUUCUUCAAUAUGUCCCAAGCUUCCCAUUUCACUCCAGCUGCAGACCAGUUUGCAUGUUUCUGCUCAAUUUAAGUAAUGAGGGAUGACUUAUGUGUAAUAAGCUUGUUAUCUUUCUUCCUCCCCCCACUCUGUCAAGAAAGGGUGCUGUGUCAAAGUUUCUUUUUCAAGCUGUCUAGACAUUUUGACAUCUUAGGACUGCAGAGCAAAGAAAAUCAAGUGUCUUUCCUGUAAUUAGAAUUUUGUUGCUUUUGCACCCCCCCCCCAAGGAAUUGAUUAUAAGACUAAUAUUGUCUUGGUAGGGGGUUGAGGGAGAAUCCAGUGGGGGGCAUAAUUGCUCCCUUCAUUUCUGUUACUUACUUUUUGUACUGUCAUUUGAUGAUACUUAGGAGAAAGAGAAGGGGAAAGCCAAACAUCAUGACAUAUUUUGCUUUAUUUGUUCAAGGUAAGGUGAAAUGGGGACUGUUUUCAAUGUUUAAGGGCUGUUUUAAUUGCCCGUGUAUAAAAUGUGGUUGUGGGUAACAUUUUAUAUCCUGUUGUAAUAUUUUCUAAAAAUAGGCAAAGAUUGGGGACAAACUAAGUUGAGAUAAAGUAUAGGCAAAAUCUUAAAUGUUUUGCAGCUAAAAUGUUUGCAUUUUGUUCAUCCAUCAAUUGCAUAAAUCGGCUUUUUUCAAAUUUUUGCUCUGAUCCCUUCCUUGGUUGCUAAUACAAUUUGUUGAUGCUGUUUCAAAGCCCAACUUCUUACAGUUAGACUUGCUAAUUGGAUUUUUACUUUACAAUCUAUUUAGUCUCCUGUGAACAUACAGUAUGAACCUUUAACCCAACUCAGCACCCUCCUAACUCCGAUUCUUGUUCUAAUAACACAUCCACCUGAGCACGGCAGUCUCUGGCCUCAUAACAGAGCCUUGUGUUGGUUUCUCUAGUCUGUUGCAACUGUUUUGGGAGAAUUGGUAUUGUGUGCGUCUCUCUGACAGGUGGCAAGGUAAGGGCCUUUAAACCUGUAAUGUCAUUUCUAAUCUCAUUCUACUCUGUGUUCUAGUGUGUUCUAAUCUUCUUUGCUAUUUACAGCCUGUGCGGUGGUAUAGCGAUCAGUGUGUUUUAAAACACAAAAUCAAAACUCCUCUCUUUUCAUGUUUUAAUGUAUCUCAGGUUGGCCCUAGCUGAACAUAAUAUCAAGUCACUAUUACUACCACUUUACGCUUGUUCGCUACAAACUUGUAAAUUUGUACUUGCACAGUAGUCUGUGACAAGGAGGAAUAAACUCCAGACCAGGAGCAAUGCAAGCUUUUGUAAUGUACAAAAUACAGUGUUACCUCAGGUUAAGAACUUAAUUCGUUCUGGAGGUCCGUUCUUAACCUGAAACUGUUCUUAACCUGAGGUACCACUUUAGCUAAUGGGGCCUCCUGCUGCUGCCACGUGAUUUCUGUUCUCAUCCUGAAGCAAAGUUCUUAACCCGAGGUACUAUUUCUGGGUUAGCGGAGUCUGUAACCUGAAGCGUCUGUAACCUGAGGUACCACUGUAGUUGAUUGUUUUUCUUCUUUCUCUGCAUUGUUUUCCCCUGCAGUAUGAGUAGUUGUGUAGGCUGUUAUUUUUACACUACAGUUUGUUGUGGAUGAAAUGGCAACCUGUGGUUAAUCAAAAAUGCACCCAAAAGCUUCUGAAUACCUUCUUGUAGCUGUGCCAGAAGAAGGGAUGAAUGGGAGUUGCGUAAGCCUGAGCAUGGUCCAUUCCCCUCACAAUAAACCAUGGUUUAUUUUGACACUUGAAUGCAGCCAAUGGGUGGGAUUCUGGCAUUCAUGCUUGGAGUAAACCAAUAUUUGAUUUUAAUGGCUCUACUUUAAACAUGAAUAAGUCUCAAUCCAAUCCAAUGGUUUUAUUUUUCCAUCAGUUUCUCAUGUGGCUGUCCAACCUAAGCUCUUGUAGCCUCCAUUUUUAAAUCUUUGUGACCUUACCGAUUUUGUACUUUGCAGCAUGGUAGUGUGUUGCUAUGGAUGCGAUUCACAACAGCAUUUUUAUCUGCAGCUAUAUAUAGCUAUCUGCAUUGGGUACCUUUCUGCUCACUAGCUAUAAUGUUGACAACUGUUUCAGGGAAAGAGACCCACUGCUAUGGAUAGGAUAGGAUAGGAUCCAUUAGAAUUCAAGGGGUUUGGAGUUAACAUGGAGAAAGUGGGGGGUGGUAUGGAUUUUAGAUGCUGAAGUUAGCAUUUACAACAUGUUUGUGACUACUGGCUUUCCUAACAGCACAUGUUUUAUUUGAUCAGCAUUGUGUGCUUUGAUGAACUGGAUGGUAGGAAGGAGUCCUUUAGGAAUGAGAUAAAGGGCAUUAUCACACAACCAACAAAUUGAGAGGUUUGACUUUUAUGGGGGUGCUAGUAUUUGAAAAUGUGAGAAAAAGAAAUAAUAUCAUUCCAUUCUGAAUACAUUCGCCUUUUGGGAACACUCUUCUCUAGUGGGCAGGACUGUGAGAGCAGCAUUGCAAAUCUGUUAGGUGAAACAAGGAAGCAUGCAGGCUAAUUCUAGAUACUCGUAAGUUAAUAAUGGAUCAGCAUAAUGAUAGCAGAACCUGAAGGAAUAGUGCUAUGAUAAUUUGUUGGGGAAGGGGAUCCGGGACCCAUCUCUGGGUGUGCUCCUUCUCCCCAUCAUCACAAUGAGGACUCAGGAGCCUGAAAAUUUGGGAAGCCCAUACAUUGCCAACCAGAUGUCCACCAUUACCAGAAACCACAGUAUACCUGCAACUGCUGUGCCUGUCUCAAACAACAGAAGCCUGACAGCAAACCCUUCUGAAGAAUUGUCAUGGACUGGCUGGACACAGAGGAAUGGUGGGAGGAAGCAGCUGGGGAACCCUCAAAGUAAGAAGGCUCAGAGUACGGGGAUUGGUGGUGAGAUGACAAUGAGUGGUCAGAGGGAGAAGAAGGAGAAGAUUGAGAAGACGUGUCAGAAGCUGAAGAGCUAACAGGGCUUAGUGAAGUGAACAGUCCAGAAUCAGAGGUAGAAGCUGCAGUAGGAGAGUGCGACGAGGAAGGUCAAGAGCCAGAGAGAUGAGUCAGGUUGGUGAAGAGGCAUGGGUGUCUCCCCCUUCUGCUGCGACAAGCUCUCCUCCCCGCCCCCUGGUCUCCCAGAACCAGGAGUGUCAUAAAGUGGGAGGAGCAAAGACAGGCACACAGGCACAGUCUCAGAUUGGAAAGGUGGGUACUUAGGCCGCUUUGGGGAGGAGGGGACCUUCAGUCUCAGCAACUGCUUCAUGGGGGCAAGUCCUACUGAAGAAGAGUUGCUGCGCUCAUUAGGCCUGAUACUCCUAUGGAGAUCCUGGUUUGUUUGUUUUCUAAUAAAGAGUUCACUUCACUUACUUUGUGUGAUUUACUGCUGGUUCGUUCAGAAAUAACUCUUUGGGCACAUGUGAGAGCUAUUUACAUAACCGGUUAGUGUUUGCAAUGCAUACACCGCAGGACCAGCCUGCCCAUGAGGUGAGGCAAUUGUCUCAGGGCUGCUGGUUCCAGAUAGCUGUGAGCGGUGGCAAAUCCAGCUCUUGAACAACGUGCUGCUCACUGCCUCCGGCAAUUGUUGGCCGCCUGCUCUGCUGCAUGUCCAUUGUUCUCAUGCCCAUUGCCACUGCUGCAGGCAGUGGAUGUGUGGGUACAUGGCAGGUGCAGCAUUUUCUGUUUUGCCUCUAACGAUAAGACAUCCAGGGGCAGCCCUGAUACACUUGUUUUAGUGCAACCAGUGCAACAUCUUUGCACUGGUGAAAGCCAGUACCACAACCCAAGGCAAACAAUGAACUGAGGCCUUUUUCUGUUGAGUUGUUUUAAUUUGGGGGAAGUACGUCCAAGAAUGGUUUUCUUGGACCCCAAUUAUUCUAACCUUGUUACUUAUAAAUUGGCUCAGAAUAAUAUAUCUUCUACAGAAAGCUGACAGAGUUCUUGAAUUUUGGAGCUUAAUAAUAUUAUACAAGCUUGCAUUGAUAGAACAAUUUUGAAUUACUUCACAUAAACAUGCAUUACAUUAAAAAGUAAAUCAAUACUUCUGGGACCACAUCCAAGACCUGAGGUGUACAAUGCACUACAUUUACGCAUUCCCACUUCUCUAGUUGCCUUGUUCUUACAUAAUUUUGCUUGGUAUUCUUUUUUGGAAUAAUAUCUUUCAAACAAAGUCUAUAAUACUGAACUAAAAUAUUGCAAAGUUUGCCUCAUGCUAUUUCAGUGGUCUCAUUUGCACAUAACACCAAACCAUGGCUUGUUUAGCUUAACUAUGCUUUGGUUAAAUGUUUGAACCUAGCCUAGCAGAUUAAUCAUGGGUUUUUUUCCUGUCGGCAAACCAUGAUAUGCGGCCAUGGUUUGUUUUUGGCUGACAAAGCAUGGCUUGUUUUUAACUGUAGUUUGGUGUUAUGCUUGAUUCCAACAACUUUGCCUAACCAAUUUGUGUGGGGCCACCUCCCUGCUCAUAAGGCUACAAAUAAAUGAGACAAGCAGCUGGAAAACCAAGCUUUGGAGAGUCAAGGCACAUCAUGUUUGCUGGUCUGUGAGGCAACAUGGUUUAUUAAACAUUCACAUUAAACAUUCACAUUGUGUGUGAAUUAAACUGUGAGAGUACAUCCUUGCUUUGUUCUCUGCUAUAUUGCUUAUGCUAGGGCCAGUGUGUAAUCAGUUCUAUGUGGGAAGUAGCAACAAAUAUUGAACCUUGGGGAACUUGCUUGAGUUGAAGAUGCAUAUUGGUGGCACUGGUAUUACUCUUGAUUUUGCAUGAACUUUUGUGGUAACUCAAAAUAAGCAGGCUGAGUUUAUCUGGGUGAAAUAUUUACAUAGCUCACGAGUAUGCUUUCAGCUCUUUACACAGGGGAUCUUUUAUACAAAGAACCAAGGCUUUCUCUGUAUGCGCCUAAAUUCAAGCCUGGUGUCAGCAUGUGGCAACUUUGGGGAAGUAAAGCCUGUCUGGGACCCUCAAUGCCAGGCAGUUUGGAGCAAGUAUUUCCCAUAGUGCUCUGGGACACUGUAGAAAAGUAAAAUGGCCACAAACUCAGUGUGCUGUUUAUUGCCACUUCCAGGACCAUUUCACAGGACCCAGGGUCGGAGGGACAGGGGCGAAACUAGGCUUUAUUUAACCCGGGUCAAAGACUCAGUUUGGCGUGCGCGCGCGCACACACACAUUUCGUACACCAACACACAGGCUGGGAGUCUCAAUGGUGCCCCCUCUGGAGGCUUCACCUGGGGGGGGGGGAACCCAGCUAGUCCACUCCCACCCCACAUAGCUCUGGCUCUGCUGAGGGAGUCCACUGCAGUGCAGUUUUCUGACUCAAACCUGACCCUGCUUGUGUUUAUCUUCCACUUCCAACACUUCUUCAUAGCCUUUAUCUGCAUGAAUUAUGUAAGUAUAUCCUGGAUCAGGCACAGGAGGCUUCUGAAGAGCAGUACAAGCCUGAUACCUCUCUUCUGACUUCUCCAAGUUACCUGAGAAACAAGCUCAAGAUGAUGAGCUAGAAACUGUUGUAGAGCUUGCAUUCACAGUAAAUCACAAUUAUUUCUUGGUUCACUUCAUUUUGCAAAUGAAUUUACGUAGUCAAGAAGAAAAUCCACAUUUGGAAUGAAUAAUUAAGGCCAUUUUGCUCUCCUCUGUGGCAGUGGCAGGGUAAAUGAAUACGUAAUAUGUGAUGCUGGAUCUCGGCACAGUCACAAUACACAGAAACCACACGCAAUAAUCCAAAACUGUGAGCAGGAGAUUUGAAGCUACAGUGCCCUGGGAUUUACUGUGCUCUAAAUACAAAUUUGAGGCAUGGUUGUUUUUUUCAGGAUACUAAAUUCAGUAGCAAGUAGUGGUAAUGUAAUUCAUCCCGAGAGUCGUGUGUGCCUCUGUUUAAUUAUAUAGUAGCUGGUCCACAUAAGAGCUUUAUGAGCUGGCUUAUGCUUUCAGACACAAACCCAAAGCAAAUCAGCUGCACUAACAGUGCAGCAUGCAAUGGACUCUUAUACAGUGGUACCUCAGGUUAAGAACUUAAUUCGUUCUGGAGGUCCAUUCUUAACCUGAAACUGUUCUUAACCUGAGGUACCACUUUAGCUAAUGGGGCCUCCCGCUGCUGCUGCACCGCCACCAUGCGAUUUCUGUUCUCAUCCUGAGGUAAAGUUCUUAACCCGAGGUAUUAUUUCUGGGUUAGUGGAGUCUGUAACCUGAAGCGUCUGUAACCCGAGGUACUACUGUAGCUUGUUUUGCAGAGUUAGAAAAACAAAAACAAAAAGCCACACAUGUAGCCUUUAGUUAAAGCUGUAAAAGCUUCGGCUUGUGCCAAAGGCACAAAUUCGGUUGUCAUGUCAGCACCUUUCCAUUGCAUCAAUUAGAAGAGCUUGAAUUACAUUUCUCAUUUAAUAUGCAUUCAGAUAAUUAGAAACUCUCCCCCCCCAAAUGUGGAGAUGUGAUUAUCACAGUGAAAUACAACCCCAAGUCUGGGUUAUAAAACAGAUUAUUCUAAACCCCUCCUCCAUCUUUUCACAAUAAUGUCAAGUGACGGACACUGUGGCAAAAGAAUCCAAAUCUCUCAUAUAAAUUAUUGGCAUCUGAACUGGUAGUGACUCACAAGGAACAAGACCUCAGGGCCAUAGUGGAUAGCAUGAUGAAGAUGUCAACCCAGCGUGCACCAGCUGUGAAAAAUGGUGAAUUCCAUGUUAGGGAUCAUUAAGGAAGGGAUAAAAAGAAAACAAAACUGCCAAUAUCAAAACACAGUUAUACUAUGGUUAUACUAUAUCAUAACCUAUGGGGAGACCACAGUUGGAGCAGUAGGUACAGUUUGGGUUGCCUCACUUCCAAAAGGUUAUUGUCAUCUGGAAAAAUUCCUGCAGAUGUUCAUGCCCUCAAGCAUACUGGUACCUCUCUCCCCCUCCCCCACUCUGUUUUGGCAGCCUAAGUUUGCUAUUUGAAGGCGUGAUAUGACAUAGCAACAGGUAACCUGUUUGGUUAUGCAAUAUGCUCUCUAUGUCCCAAGGGCAAGACAGAUACAGAGAGAAAACAUAUAAUUUAUACGCAGUGGAGCUGACGGGGCAGAAAUAGAUGUAGGUGGAUAUACAGGAGCUACAUGCACAGUAGGUGGCCCCUGCUCAUUAUUCAGUCGUGCUGAGUGAGACUAGGGCCCUUUCCCACACAAUUUAUUGUAUACACACCAUAUACCUUCCCUCAAGGCUGUGCUUCUGUUGUGGGAAUAUGGUAAUGCUGCGUACUUCAUAUAUGGGGAAAGUUUGUUUCUCUCCCUCUCCAUCCUUCUGCUAUUCACUGCAUUUUUUGCAGUUGAAAUUAUUGCUGAAUAGAAAGUGGUUAUCCAAGUGCCAUUGGUGUGUUUGCAUAAUGCCCCUUCCCUUCUUGCCCACAGCCAAAUUCAGCUUCUUUUAUUGGUUCUUAUUUUGUAUGCGGGAAUUAUUUAGAGGCUAUGUGCUUCAAGCAGGACCAUUAGGCAACUGCUGCAUGGAGGUCAGGGGAGCAUUGGAAAGCUGUUGGAAAACAAUUGUGUGUCCCACAAGGCCUGUUAAAUGUUUCCUAGGCUAAUCUGCUGCCUUCAAUUGCAGUGAGCUAACUAUACCACCUUCAUUUUUGAAAGAAGAGUCAACUUUCAGUCAGCUUCUGUGCACAGGGUGCGGGAUGCUACCUUUAAUGUUUGCUGUUUUGCUGUGUUUUUAUUGUGUUGGAAGCUACCCAGAAUGGCUGGAGCAACCCAGUAAAUUAAUAAUAAUAAUAAUUUGCCUCAGGCUGCAAAAUGUCUUGGGCUGGCCCUACCUCCCAAUAGGAGCACUAAUUGACAGACGUAUGGAGAUGGAACUCUAUGGAGCUCUGCAACUUGUAGGAAACCUACCCCCCACAUGACAACUCUGAGCCAGUAUGUGAACUUCUUACAACAAUGUUGUGGUGUAGUCAUGGUGAUGCAUUAGCAGCAGAGAGUGAGGGGGCUUGAAAUGCUCAGGCUCUGACCAUCUAGUGUACAUAACUUUGGUUUCUUUCCUGCAUCAUCCCUUUUGCAGCUUGCUAAACUUGUUAUUCCAAUUUCUUCUCCCAAGAGCUCCAAAUUAUAAAAUUUGGGUCAGGGGUGCUGGAUGGAAAUUUUGUAAAGGGCCCUGAAAAUCCCGUGGGUAGUCCUUCUCAUGUAAUCAUAUUAUUGAAAGGGAGGAGGCUGAGCAUUAGCGAAGCCACACCUUUUCUCCUCUCCUAAACAAUAUCUCUCCAUUUUGUGAAUAUUGUAUUUGUAUUCUUUGGAAUUGACAUAAUUUGCGGCUUCAUUGUGGAGCACACACCUUUUGGGGGGUUUUUUAAAUAAAGGGUAGAUGUAUGUGGACAGCCACACAGAUAUCUUCUUAUCUAGAUGUAGCUGUGAAAUUGCACUGUUGUCCUCGUGAGUGGGACUCGAGGAAAUAUCGUGCAAAGGAAGAAAUGCAGUUAGAGCACACUUGGACUGGCUGUGUGGAAAGCCCCUGGCGCUUGCCUCCUCGGGCCUCGACUGACUGCCCUUCAAUUUCUGGUCAGGUUAGCUGAGUCAGUAACUUUCAACAUGAAACCAGCAGUUAGAGUCAGAUGUGAAAUGACGGCCAGAUAAAAGAUAAAAAGUUUUAAAAUCAGAUUUGCGGGAAGUGCAAGGCAGGUGCAGUGCAUUGGCUCAGCCUCAUCCAUUCUCCUCUUGUGGGCCCUUUCUCCCCCCUCCCCUCCCACCUGCAGCUUUGUGGGACAGGGCUUAAAUAGGAUUCCCGUCAAGAGGGGCUCUGCAGGAGCGGCUGGGGGGGUGGUGGAAAGCGUUGGAGUCAUACAAAGACAAGCUCCCUUUGGUCCUUAUGGAUAUUGUCAUGCUUUUCACUCAGCCAGACACGGACGUGUCACAUGACCUAGGGCUGAGAGCCAUUCUAGCCCUGAGGCCUGAUUGGUCAGUGGCUCCUUUUUUGAAAGCCUAGGUGUCCGUGGCAACGAGAAGCAGAUCAGCCAUACUUUCCUGGGCUCUGAGAGGAGUGCAGCACGGACAGAAGAAAGAUCAGCAGCACACAGGACCACAGCAGCCAGCAGGACUUUCUUCAGGUACCUAUUGGCUGUUUGGGUGGGUGAAUGGGUUAUUUAGUUAUUUAUUUCUAGUCAAACUUUUUGUAUGGCAAAUAAUUGUGUUGGUGAACUUAGGAGUAUUUUCAAGUGAGGUGUUAUCAUUCUUCCCAAAGCCUCGCUGAAUGCAUCCCUGCUUUUUAUAAGAGCUGUUUUACAAGACUCUUGGGAGUUGCACCUGUUAUAAAAAUCUGUGAAAAUAAGUAUUAUGUUGGAGUUGUAUUACACGUGCCACAACCCUGUUUCUGCUUCCAGAAUUUUUCUCGCUGUUCGUCAAAAAUUAAAUGUGUGCAUUAGUCCUUUUCACAGAUGUUUAGACACUAGUUUAACUCUUAGUGGGGUCCUAGCAUCUUUCAAAUGUAGCAUUAGAAAUUCCCUAAAGGCAUUUGAUUUACAGUUUAAUCUGAAGCACAUAUACAGUACUAAAUUUGGAAGUAACACAUGACCUACUACAACAUGGAGUUCAGGUGAAUUUUCUUCCAAGUAUGCUUGCUUAGGAUUGGAUGCUCAACUAUAUGGGAAAAAAACUUUUUUUCUGGUCGCCUCUUGAAACUCACCAACUCUCUCUGAAUUGGUAGAAACCAGUGGCCAGAAACUCAAGCAUCUUAGGGAGAAACUAGAUGUGGGCAGCCACAUGUAUGUAUGCAUGUCUUUGUCAUAUUCCCAUAUAAGUAGAGGGUGGAGGUUUCUCCCCUUUUUCUUUUACACACAAGGUAUGCACAGUGAUUCUCAAGUUGAGAAUCCUGCAUUGCAGGAGGUUGAACAAGAUGACCCUCGGGGUCCCUUCCAACUCUACAAUUUUAUGAUUCUAUGUGCAAGUAAGGGGGCCAUUCCAUGUGUCACCUGACUGCACUUCGUUGCUUGAAACUCUUUUCUCCCCCACCUUGCUCACAUCUGGUAGCAAAUCUGGGCUGGAAGAAAAGUCAUUUGAGCAAUGGAAUUGAGUGAGGUAAGGAAGGGGAGGGAGAAUGGUUUUGCUGCCCCAUACCAGCUCUCGGCACAACAUUACAAAUACACCCCCUGUAUUCCAUGGCUUUUUUAUAUCUGAACAAAGAGGGCACAUGAAUAAAUGAAUGUGGCUGCCCUGUCUUUUCUCAUUUAGCCCUAAGGCUGCCAUCUCACUUACUUCUGAGUAAGCAUGCUUGGGAUCUUGCCGUAAUAACCUGAUCUAAGCAUAUCUCCUUGGAAACAAGUUCUUUUGGUUUUUAAUAGGAGUUGCAGCAGCACAACCCUAUGUAUAUUUAGUCUGAAGCAAGUCCAACUGUAAGAAGUAUUCUCUGUGAGGGGCUGUGUAUACAGGACUGUGGCCUUUAUUUCCACAUCAAGUGGCCUUUAUAGUAUUUCAGCCUAACAUACAGUUGUAGGAUAAUGAAUGACCAUGUCCAAAAUUAAUUCCCAGUUGGAGGAGCAGACCUUCUAUGUGGCUAUGUUAAAACGAUUUUCGCAAGGCUUUGUAACAGCCCAGGCAGGGUUUCUAGAAAGGUGCUUUAAAAUGCACCUGAUUUUUAUUUGUUUGUCUUAUGUUAGACUACUCUUGGUGAUGAAAAGAACAACUGAAAUUAUCACACGGCUGAUCCAGGGCUACUACAGCAGCAUAAGGAAGUACGCUGCUUCUAAAAUAUCCUGCCUUUAAUGCUAAAGAGAAACCUGUCAGCACAAAGCUGUCCUCUGUUCCCCUUCAGGCCAGCAGAGGAGCGAGUUCUGGGGCGGGGGCGGGGGUGCUUGGUUAAGCCAAGAACAGGAACCACUGGUUGAGGGGAGCUCACUUUAAAGAAAGGCUGGGAGCUGCUGCUGCUGCUGCUGUGUAGGAAUCUGAGAGUUAAUUUGGAGAAAGAUCUUCAAGGAUGUGAUGUUACUGAAUUUCAGGCAAGUUGUUGACAAGCCAAAACAAUGCCUUUGCAAACAGGGAAAAUCCAAAUUAAAAGUGCAUAAGUUAUUCUGGAAUGUAAAGAUCAAUUAUUGUAGUUUGCUCCACACUCCUUGCUCUGAGGAACUAGUUGCUUGAAUUUGCACCUCGGGGUGCAAUCCUGUGUUACUCAGUGUUACCUCAGUUUUGGGUGAGAUUAAGUUGUACACAAGUAAUUUGUUAGCCUGCAUCUGUAGAACUUGACAUUUGAGAUUAUUUCCAAAGAUGAGAGUAAUAGAGUGCAGUCAGUAUCUGUAGUACCAAACCUUCAUUUUCAGCCAAGAAUAGCAGAAGAAUUGACAAGUAUCCUAUGGAGAGUUAUUGCUCAGCUCUCCUGUCUUAGCUUGUUGCUCAUCACACUCAGAAAUGUUGCCUUACUGCAACCCUUCCAAUGAGUGUAAUCAGCACUCCAGAGCGUCUUCUCUAGGUGGUUGGUUCACGGGCUGAUGAGAGCAUUUUCUGCCUUUGAUGGUCAGGGAUAAUUAAUUUACGAUGUCAUAUAGAUCAGGCUGUAUUUUACUGAUUUAUUCUCUUUGCUGCAGAAAAAUACUAUAACGUACAUUUCCAGAUGCUGAGGACAAUUCUGGGUGUUGAGUACAAGUCCAUUGCUGAUGGCUGGGUUGGGUGUGUUUUAUAUAUCAGUGACUUUAAUCUUUUGUAUACCUACUAACUUUAAUCCAAGCUUUGACAUGGGACCCACUAUUAAGUUUACUUCUCUUAUUUUAUCUCUCAGCCCUUUUCUGUUUCACCCUUCAUCCAGCAUAGUCAGCCCUUUUGCACCAGCUGCUGAUGUACAUGUGUCCAAAAACCACCAUCUUAGAUGACAUUGCACACACAAACAUAAUGCAUGACUUUCCUCCCUUGCCAGAAAUCAAUAUCAAAGCCUAGAAAAAAAUAGAAAUUGGUGUGAAAAACAUAGAUGCAUAAAACUUUGGUCAGAUUGCAGCCCACUUCUGGGUCCUGACUUAUGACCCAACAGCUGAAGGCUGCUCAGUGUGCAUAGGUUUUUUUACAGGAUAAAAGUGUAUAGGUCCUUGCCCUGAGGAACUUACUAUCUAAAAUUCAAUAAGCAAAACAACAAUGGAAAUUGAGGUACAUGGAGGCAGAGGUAAACAAGGAAAGAAUACAUACCUAAUUAAGGGCAGAUUCACACGAUAGAUUUAAAGCACAACACAUAUUUAAAGCAUGUGACUCCCCCCCAAGAACUGUGGGAAUUGUAGUUUGCCCCUCACAAAGCUACAGUUCCCAGAACUCUUAACAAGCUGCAGUUACCAGGAUUCCCUGACAGAAAUCAUGUACAUUGAAUGUGCUUAAAUGUAUGGUGUGGAUCUGCUGGAAGUUACAUGUGCUUGGACUUGGUUACAGCCCUCCACACUCACCCAGUCCCUGCCGUUAAUGGGCAGGCGCUUGCAUGCUGGGCGCAUGUAGGGGGUGUCUGGUUCACGUCCCCAAGCUUUUGUGCCCAGGGCCACGGCCCCCCUGCCCCCCAUGCUAUGCUAGUGGGGGAAGUGAGCUAUUACCAGUGGAGCAUCAUGUGAAACAAAAUAAGGUGGUACAACAACCUGUGCAUACUUUUCUUUCCUUGUGAUGUAUGUAGUAAAAUACUAUUGAUCAGUAAUUGAACUUGAUUUAAUUCCAGUGGAAUGAAGAUCAUUAUCUGCAAUCCUGCACUGCACUAGAUUGUUUGGUUGAUAUAAAUUACUCCUACAAGUAAUUGCUGCAAUAAGGGCAGAGGUAGUAGCAAAUUUCCUCUCACAGAGUUUAAUAGUGAUAUAUGCUAUUUAUUAUUUAUGGCAGCGUAAAUCUGUAGCAAGGUUGAUUAGGGUGCAAUGAUUUGAAAGAUAAGGGUAUAGUUGCUCAUUAUGAACUAGUCGAUUGAAGACGACCUGGUUAAUUGAACAUUAGCAAAAAAGAUGUACUGUACUGACAUUAUAACAUAUUUGAAAGCAACACUGAAGAUCUGAUGAAAGUAUAUGCAAUUAUGUCCACAUUUAGAGCAAAGCAAGCAUUGUUAAACCUUUAAGCGAUGAUUGGCCAAUGCUUAUCUUUGCCUCAAACUACAAGAGCUAUGGACUUAAUUUCACUGGGGAAUUAUUUCUCAAUUCCAUAGAUGUUUCUUCCAGUGCAAUCCUGUUUGCCUUCAGCAAAUAGAUUUUUCAAGCUCAGAAAUAGAUAUGAGAAGCCUGGAACUUCAGGACUGUAAUCCUGUAAUAGUAGUAGCAAAUGAGCGCACAAAAUGUAGCUACCAAUUGUUAUAAUUUUUCACGGGCAGUUGGAAGGGGUACCAAGGGUCAUCUAGUCCAAAUCCCCGGCAAUCCUGGCAUCUCAACCAAAGCAUUAAUGACAGAUGGCCAUCCAACCUCUGCUUAAAAGCCUCCAAUGAAGGGAAAUCUACAGCCUUCCAAGCAAGUCCAUUCCAUUGGGGAACAGCUCUUACUGUCAGAAAGUUCUUCCUGAUGUUUUGUUGGAAAUGUAAAAGUGUUAUUGAAAAAUUCCUUACCUUCCACUUUUUUUGUGCUUUCCCCCUACACCUGUUUGCAGCCAUUGUUCCCAUAAACUUCUGGCACAUUGGGUGAGGGGGAAAGGAUGUCUCCAUUGCUGUGACAACCAGGCCAAUUCUCCUUUGUACAGCCACAUUUACCCAAAUAUGCAUCCCAGUGGUAGUAAAGUGAUUCAAGAUGAACUUCAUCAUUUUGAUAUGCAUUGAAAUACAUUAUUUUUAACAGAAUGCCUAUUUGGGUAUUUCAGUGUGAUGGGUGCAUUCUUUAUUCACUCUGAUAGUUCUAUACACUUUUCUCAACAGAUGCAAAAAAUGCCUAAAUGUGCCUUUCUAUUUUAACUGAGCACCUGCGAAACUACCUGUACAACAGAAGGCAACCCCCCGCCAAACCAAAUUAAAGUUUUGAUAAUACAGGAUUGUUGGCCUGAAGGUUUGACACUAUGCAUGUUUACUCAGAAGUAAAUUCAAACUUAGUGGGGAUCAGCUGCUUCUUCACAACUGCAUGGCAUUUUGCUCCAGCUGUAAUAGGAAAUGCAUAUUUUCUUCAUGCUUUCGUGGUAAACAUGCAGUGCCAACAGCAGACAAGUCGUCUUCAAAACCAUGUGGAAACUCCACCUUUUGCAUCUGAAACCUCCAUUUCUACUGUGCUUCAAGUCCCAGCAGGUUCCCUUGCCUUCUGCACUGUGCUCAAGCAUGCUUGAGAAGUUUUUCUGGAAAAACUUAGAUUACUGUUCCCAGUGGCUUCCAGAAGAAAUGAAAGUUCAUGAUAAAUUAAUUCCCAAAUUCUUAUUCUGAAUCUAAAAUCUGCUAUCCUAGGAGUGGAGAGCCAAAUGUAGCUUUCCCGGUCUCUCUUGAUGGCCCGCAGGACUCUUCCUCAGACCACACCCCUCACUGACUUGGCUUUGCACCAUCCUUGAAUAGUUCUGUCUGGCUGGAGUAUGUCUUUAAACUCUGUUAAUGUCUGUCACUUGCAUGGCUGGAGGGCACAGAGGGGUGGGUGGAUAUGUAGGAACUAGCCUGCUGUGUAAAGUUAAAAUUUACAUUUUAUGUAAAUAUACUCACUUAUGCUUUUGGCCCCACCCAAUGGCAUAUGGCCCCUGGAAGGUUACCCAGAGAUGAAUAUGGCCCUUGAACACAAAAAGGUUCCACACCCCUGUGCUGUCCUUUUGUAGAAGGGAAAUUAUAAUAAGAACUAGUCUUCUGCUUCAUCUUGUGAUCAGGAGGAGUUAGAUGACAAAGAUAGCAACCCCUCAAGCAUUUAUAGAUUUUAAUCAAUGUUUCUUCUCUGCCUGUUUCCUUUGCUGGAAUGAGAUUUCUGUGAGGCAGUGAAAUCUUUAUAACAGGCCAACAACUAAGCCCUCCUCUGUUGAGUAUAAUGGUUCCUCACCUAAAACAGCCCCCUGGAUUGUGGUCGUGUUGUUGUUUAGUCAUUUAGUCGUGUCUGACUCUUCGUGACCCCAUGGACCAGAGCAUGCCAGGCACUGCCUCCCACAGUUUGGUCAAACUCAUGCUGGUAGCUUCGAGAACACUGUCCAACCAUCUCGUCCUCUGUCGUCCCCUUCUCCUUGUGCCCUCUAUCUUUCCCAACAUCAGGGUCUUUUCCAGGGAGUCUUCUCUUCUCAUGAGGUGGCCAAAGUAUUGGAGCCUCAGCUUCACGAUCUGUCCUUCCAGUGAGCACUCAGCGCUGAUUUUCUUAAGAAUGGAUAGGUUUGAUCUUCUUGCAGUCCAUGGGACUCUCAAGAGUCUCCUUCAGCACCAUAAUUCAAAAGCAUCAAUUCUUCGGCGAUCAGCCUUCUGAUUGUAGUCAUAGCCAACCUAUUUCUUCUUCUUCUUUUACUUUGUUUUGCUGAUUAUACAUGCACAAAAGCUUUUGAAGAUGUGACUAAAAGGAAGCAAUGGCAUCUUGUGCUUGUUCCUUCCCUUUUGAUUGCUCAUCCAAAUGUGACAGGGAGACAAACACCAGCUCUUUGUGAGAAUAAUAUUGUCCUAUGCCCUGGGGUAUCUAUCAUGAAUGCUGUGUAUUUAUUACAUCCUUUUUUUCAUAUUAUGCAUUCAGCAAGGCUGGAAAAUAAUUGUCCCAAGCCACUCUACCUGUCAGACAGAUGCUUAAGUUAAUGAUGGAUUAAGCUGCUUUUGGAUGGAAAUGCUGUUAAAAUGGAUUCUAAGCAGUUCCAUCUCCUUAUCCCUGCUUUACAUUUUAAAAAAGGUAGAUCCAUGUUUAAAGACAUGAAUCUUCCAUGGUCAUGUGUAGUUUAUAUUUGAGCUGGCAGGAAGCCACUGCCAGUCCAGGCUCCUUGACCUUGCUUCUGUCUGAGUGUUACAUAGUUGUGCAAGCACAUAUUUAUUAGGUUCACACCUAGGUGUAUGUAGAUAAUGAAUGUUUCAUGUAUGUACUGAAAAAAAUACAAUGCAUGUAGCAUCUCUCAGAGUUGCAACAGCGCAUUGCUCCUUUUGGAAGUGUUUGAGAAUAAUUCAACCAUUGCAGUUUCAUCACAAGAGUUCAGGUCUGAGAGAGCCAGUGUGGUGUAGUGGUUAAGAGCGGUAGUCUCGUAAUCUGGGGAACUGGGUUCGCAUCUCCGCUCCUCCACAUGCAGCUGCUGGGUGACCUUGGGCCAGUCACAUUUCUCUGAAGUCUCUCAGCCUCACUCACCUCACAGAGUGUUUAUUGUGAGGGAGGAAGGGAAAGGAGAAUGUUAGCCGCUUUGAGACUCCUUCGGGUAGUGAUAAAACGGGAUAUCAAAUCCAAACUCUUUUUCUUCUUCAUCCCUCUAGAGCCCUGCGCCUCUUCUAUUCACGAGGAAGUAUAUCUUCUGUGCCAGAAACAUUUUCAGGGUGCCUACACUUUCAUUUGGGAUGAGGGUGGCGCUGUGGUGUAAACCACUGAGCCUUGGGUUUGCUAGUCGGAAGGUUGGCGGUUCGAAUCCCCACGCCCGAGCAGUUCGAAAGCACAUAAAAGUGCAAGUAGAUAAAUAGGUACCGCUCCAGCAGGAAGGUAAACGGCGUUUCCGUGCGCUGCUCUGGUUCGCCAGAAGCGGCUUAGUCAUGCUGGCCACAUGACCCGGAAAAACUGUCUGCGGACAAACGUCAACUCCCUCGGCCAGUAAAGUGAGAUAGCGCCGCAACCCCAGAGUCAUUCACAAUUGGACUUAACUGUCAGGGGUCCUUCACCUUUACCUUUUUACACUUUCAUGGGCAUAGCUAGGAUUUCUUUUAGGCGGGCAAGCUUUGUUUUAUGGGGGCAGAACCAAGUUUAUUUGCAAUGCAAUUGGUCAGUCAAGUAUUUUUAUUUAAUUACUUGAUUUAGGGGGGCAGCUGCCCCCCUGGCUAUGCCAAUGGUACCAGGUAUUUGGAAGAGGAGGAAGAAGAAGAAGAAGAAGAAGAAGAAGAAGAAGAAGAAGAAGAAGAAGAAGAAGAAUUGCUGAAAGGACCAGCAAAUCAGUCUUUUUGCAACUUUCUGAGUCCUCUUACUGAAGUACUUGGAAGCAAUACCUGGUCUCUGUAUCAAGGCAUCACCUGGUGCCUUCUCCUUCACUUAUCUGACCUUAUGAAUGUUAAUUACAAGUAGGCAGAUUCUGCACUGGACAAAGUUUUUGUCAGAACCAGAUUUUUAUUCUAAUUAAUUCUACCCCAGCUCCCGUAUUUGAUCCAAAGCUCAGCAAGAUUCUGGAAUUACUGUUCCAGGACCUGUAAAGGACUGCUAAGCAUCAGUGAACAUGCACAGAGACUUCUGGCAACUGGUCAAUGAUGACAUUACCAACAUUGACAUGCAAUGCUCUGGUGGGCUCUGCACAUGUGCAGUGAGAGCGAAGAUCAUCCCAGGCCAUGCAUAGCCUUCCUGAAUGUGUGUGGUGCACAGCUCUGCAAUCUCACCUCAGUCCUGUACUUCCGGCCUCUUUGCCAACACAACAUUGCCACAUCAGUAAAGAAGCUUCCUUGUACGUAUGCAGCACUUAGCAUGACAUGGAUGUCUUUUGAUAGAACAGUACUGGAUUCUAGUAAGUGCCAGUUUGUUUGUUUUGCCACUACAUCAUGAAUAGAACUGUUGUUUCACUGCCAGAUUCUAACUGGAACAGAAUUUGACAGCAACUCGACUGGCAUGUUUGUCAUCACUUUCUCUCAUCUCUAGAGCUUGUUUGUUUUGAACAUUUUUUAUAAUUUUUCAUAAUAAUAUCAGAUUACAGGGUGUUGUACAACAUACAACAUAUAAGACAAAAGACAAGAAAACAGCAGAUAAUUCUUCACAACUUCAAAACAAACUACAGCAUGUGCAAGAUUGGUGUGUGAGCAGGCACUUCAGAUAUUUGGGUCCCAAGCCAUGUAGGGCUUUAAAGGUAAGGAGGAGGAGUUAAGGAACAGAAGUGUGAAAAAAUAAAUUUUAUCACUCUCUAUUUAAGAUCUUCUCUUUAAUCCUGUUUCACGGCUCCCAGGACAUAUACUGGUGCCCCUUAGUCCUGUCCCUGACAUUGCUUCUGUCUUAGCAGAAAUUGUUACGAUAUAGAAGCAAUGCAGCCGCGAGCUGCUAGCUUGAAAACAGCACAUGAUGGAAUGUUAGGACUGUUCCGUGGGAAACAGAGGGACAGUCAAUUCACAGGGCAAUGCACCGGAAUUAGCUCAGAAAUUAGCUCAGAAACUUAAGAAGUUUCGAUGAAUUCUAAAUUCUAAAUAUUCAGUCUCCCACUUACAGAAAAUGACAGAUUGAGAAAUGUCAGUUUGCCCCAUUAGAUCUAUCUCUUUUUAAUUAGUUAAAACAUUAUAACAUAGUAGGUAUAGUAUCUCCUGUAAGGUAAAGGUAAAGGGACCCCUAACAAAUAAGUCCAGUUGCGUCACGGACGACUCUGGGGUUGUGGCACUCAUCUUGCUUUAAAGGCAGAGGGAGCUGGCAUUUGUCCACUUCCGCAGACAGUUUUUCCAGAUCAUGUGGCCAGCAUGACUAAGCCGCUUCUGUCAAAACCAGAGCAGUGCACAGAAACGCCAUUUACGUUCCUGCCAGAGUGGUACCUAUUUAUCUACUUGCACUGUGUGCUUUCGAACUGCUAGGUUGGCAGGAGCUGGGACCGAAAAACGGGAGCUCACCCCGUCACAGGGAUUUGAACCACCAACCUUUCGAUUGGCAAGCCCAAGCAGCACAGUGGUUUAACCCACAGCGCCACCUGUGUCCCUAUAGUAUCUCCUGUAGUUGCACAUAAAUUAGUUGGUUUUCUUCCAAGAAUUCAUAGCCACCAGUCAUCAGGAAUUGUUUUAUUUAAAAAACAGCAACAGAGUAGGCCCAGCAUCAUCACCUUCGAUAAUUUCUGCAUAUGCCCCCCGUGCCAGGUGGCCAGGUGGGUAAGUCAUAAAUUAAAAUUUCCCAGAGUUUGGUGCCCUUAAUUCAACAACAAUAAAUAUGUUGCUUUAUUUAUUGUCGUUGAAUUAAGGACACCAAACUUUUAAUUUAUGACUUUAAUGAUUUUAAUUUAUUACUUACCUCUUAUUAAGCAAUAUUAUAGUGAGAUGACUGCUGCUUAUUGCAGAACUCAAAAGGUUCAUAGACAGAGUUGCAGAGAAGAUUUACGUGUCCCAGCUUACUCCCCCCAAUUAUGAAACUGAACAGGUUUGUUUCAACCCCAGCUCUUGCCUGCUCUGUUGGUGACCCUGCUGUCCUCCUUGGCUCUGCAUGCAGAAACAUCUGGAUUCUGUCUGUAGGCACUUCAGAGAGACCUUGCUCAGCUAGGUAUAUCAGUACAGCUCGAACUGAAGAUGUGCAGUCUUGUGUUUAAACCAGACCAAAUCAACUGUCAGUCAGACACAUUUCCCAGUGAUGCUGAUGGACAUCCCUUUUUCACAUUCCAUCUGUGAUAAAUCUGAUUAUGGAAAAGUUAUUUUUCACCCUUAGUAAGGAUCUCUUCUCCUUGCUGGGUAGUGCUGCGCAUGAUUUUUUUGUGAUGCAAUUUAAUGUGCACAAAUGGCUAAUGGACUCUUACAUCCAUCAUCUGUGACUCUUGGCUAUGCUUUAACAACAGCUGGAAAGUCUCCUUCCAGAGUUCCCUUCCAAAGGGCUUGUCUAUUCAGAAGAACAAAGUAAUAGGCCUUACUCCCAGGUAAGCAUGCAGGGUUCCACCCUAAAUUACUACAGGCCAGAAAGUGGAUGUAAAAAGCUGUUGGGGUAGAAGGCAUCUCUCUCAAAGGACAAGAAGAUAAAAUGUCAUUAACAGAGGGUUAGAAAUCAGAUAUGACUGAAAUAACUACUAUGUAUCAUCUGCUUGCUUAUUAUUAACAAUCAGUAGCCUGCUUUGCAAUGUAAGAAUAACAACCCUUUGCCUUCUCCUCAAAAUGUCUUCACAUUGUUCUCUGUCCACACCCCAACAAGUGAGAUCAGUAUCAUACUCAUUUUAUAGAUAAGUGGACUGACCUCAGUCAAAUAAUGAUCUCACUUAGUUCAGUCUCCUGCAUUUUUAAUGGGAGAUCUCCUUCCAGCAUACCUGCUUCAUCUCAGAAUGCUUGCACUCCAUCUGAAAAUAAAAUUGGUGCAAUUUUAAAAGAAGUUGCUGGAAAUUAGAAUUCGUUGUUAUAUUUAAAAUUAAAAACCAUACAUAGUUAAUAAUUGAGACCUUAGCUCUUCUCUUAUAAUGUAAGAAGCUCAAAUAUCAUCUAAGACAUUAGGUCAACUCUGCUGUUUAGGAUUUUGGUAUCAGUUUUCUGACAAUAAAACUAUCAUUAUAGGGUUGUUGAAGAGCGAAAAAGAGGACACAUUUGCCGGUGCCUGGGGCAGGGGGGAGGGGAGGGGGUACAGGAGCAGGUACAUUCUGCAGUGUCCUUUCAAAAUAUACAAAAACAAGGACCUGGUCCUUUCCUGCACCAUGCAAAAUUCACACAGUAUAUAUAUGUUUUGCACUUGGUUGUCUAGUACUUCGUAUCCAACAUAUAAGGUAGCCCGCUCCCGCACCUCCGGACAUUUUGGCAAAUUUAAAAAAUCCACUGGAACAGAAAUGUUAUCCCUGAAAAAGAGGACAUGUCCUGGAAAAAGAGGACAUAUGGCAACCCUACCUUAGGGCAAUACCUGGCUCAGGUCUUGGACUUCUAUAAGAGAGUAUCUCAAUAGGAGCUAGUGGUAGAACAUGGCUGCUUGGUACAGGGCCACUCUGGGAUAUUCUGAAUUGGGGGGGUGAAGAGGGCAGUAGCAUACCUGUCUGUCCAUCCCCUACCCCUAAGGGAUGAUAUAAUCUAGGUUCGGUGUCUUUGAAAGGCAUAAGAAGGAGUUAUGCCAGAGUUUGGAGUCAGGGAGUAUGGCAGAGUGGCAGAAAGGCAGGGAUGGGGAAGAUGGGUUUUAGGGGCUCAUCUGGAGAGCAAAGAUGGCAAGUCAAUUGCUCCAAUUCUGUAAUAAACACUUUCUAACUCAGUGCUAGCUCACAUGCAAAUAAGGGAGUUGAUCUGUGCAUAUAACUAAGUGAUCCAAUGGACUAAACUGCAGCCCAUGCUGCCAUUUACCAGAACAGAGGAAACUUGUGCCUCUGUUUUAAAUUAAAUGUGAAUUGGCUUUUUAGCUUUGGUGGUAAUUAGCGUUGGGGUUGUACACAAAGGAGCCAAUAAAGAUAUUGCUGAGAGGGCCAGUGUUGUAAUGGCAAGGAGGGAGGCCACUCCUUGGCCACAGGCCUGUCCUGGCUUCUGCCAUCAAUAGGAAAAUGUAGUUCAUUUUAAAAAUAAGUUGGCAAGAAUACAAUUGCUUAUGAGCAGGUUGCUUCUUCCCAUCUUGUGCUUGAAACAAGUAUGAACUGAAUGACUAGAAGGUAUGCUAAUGCUGCUAACUAUAGGUCAGUCAUCAUAGAUUUAAAAGUAAAAAGGUCUAGAUUCUAUUAUUUCCACUGUCCCAAAUGUCUGGUUGACUUUAGGCAACUAAUUCCCCCACCUCCCCUUCCACAGAAAUAAUAAUAACCUUGUCCUUUCAUGCAGCAAUUUGAAAGAAUGAAUCAAGCAUAAACACAGGGUGUAGGCCAUCAUUUCAGAGGCUAUUAACUAGGUCUGUAAAACAUGACAUCACUGUAGCACCCAAAGCACAGACUAAAGCUAAAAGGGGCAGGAGGAGAGAAACAGUACAGUUACAUUUAGAGCAGGGUGUUCUGAAGCCAUCUUUUCUUAUUUUAUUAUUUUCCUCAGUUCAUCGGAUAUUGGUGUUUUUUAUCCUAGUCCUGGAAUUAAUUUUAUUUCUUUGGAACUUGGUUGUUUGCUGUUGUUUUAAUGUUGCAAAAAGUAUUGAUGCUUCUCAUAAGUGUAUUUUGGAAUUACCAGAACCAUUUGGUUGUUUACAUAAACAUUCAUAAUACACAGUUUCAUAACUAUUACAUUCAGUGUCAAGAAAAAGAAAAUAGGACCAGCAAAUCAAGAAAUACUGAAGAGAGAAUCCCAAAAGCAGUUUGUAAAAGUCUAGCCCUUGCAUGGCAUCUAAGUAUCAGGAGAGAGAAGGUAAACCUUCCUUAGGUGGGUAUGUCCCAGGUAAACUUCCUGACAGAGGAGGAACCUGGAGCAGGGCAUGUGAGGGAUGUCAUUAAAUGGUAAAUGCCAUUCCUUAGUCAUCUUCCAGAUUGGUUCUCUUUAAUAUUUACAAUAUUUUUAUACUGUACUUCAAUCAUACUCCCAGGGCAGUUUACAUAAAGACUUUUUUAAAAAUGUAAACAAACAAAAAUAAGCUAAACACUGUAACAUUAUAGAAGCAGCAUAAAACAACUAGUAGGAUUAAAACUUCAUCUAAAACAUCCUGGAAAAUAAAAAAGAUCGGUGCCUGACACCAAAAUAAAGCAGGGCACCAGCAAGCCUCUCUGGGGUCAGUGUUCAACAAUGCUCUAUGUACUUCUGAAUGCAGGUGCCCAAUUGUUGUUAGGCAGAGGCAGCAUAAAAUAUUGUGCCAGUUUUGAAACUGCUUUAUUGGCUACCAGAUCUGAGUUUCUCCUUUAUCCUUAUAAUACACCCCCCCCAAGCUUUAUAAUCAGUCAGGUACGAUUUCUUUAUUUCAGUAUUAGAUUGCCAUCAACUAAGAUCAGAGCUAUUUUGUGGUGGCCCUGGAUUUAGAGAAUGCCUUCCCUGGGUAGGUAGGUAAUUUUACAUCCUCCUCCUGUUUUCGGAGAUAGGUAAAAAACUUUGUGUGUUCUUUCAUGCUUUAAGGGAGCUAAGAUCUUAGAUUGCUGACUUUUUAAGAUUCCGUUUUAGUUUCUACAACUCUUUCAAUAAUGUGCUUUAUUAUAUUAAAACGUUAUAUGCAAACCAUUUUGAAAACACUUUUGAUGAUAGACGGUAUUUAGAAACUCAGGAACAAAUUCAAAAUUGUGUGGUGUUGAAUGUUCCAUAUCAUCGUGCCCAAUGGAACCACCCCUUCCACCCCCCUGUUUUGUUAUGGAGGAUUCCACCCUCAUCCAAUUUUUGAAGCACAUAGGAAGAUGAGGAGGGAAAAUCACCGUUGCAUAAGCGGAAGUCUCUGUGCACUGCUUUCACUGAUGGGCCUCAUUAGAUGAGUCCUGUUGUAAAUAAUUACAACCUGCUUAAAAAGGUGGAGUCUGGGAAUUCUGUUGCCAAGAUUAAGUAUAUACUGCAUGUUUGAGACUAACUUCGGUAUUUGGUAACAAAGAAUACCUUUUUGUUAUGCCAGUGGUGCCAUGGACCCCCUGGGUGGGCUACACGUACCACCAGUUGGGAACCACUGUUCCCAAUACAACAUGGCAGGUGGCUUUCCAGCUGUUGCAACCGACCGAUAGGCUCAUGGGUGAGGAGGAUAAAACAGACAUCCACACUAGAAGAGCUAAGAGAAGUAUCCUCCAGUAGUUUUCCAAGAGUUACAACAACCCAGAAAGCUAAGUCAGUAUUAUUAUUCUUAAUUGCAGACGGAGUUGGACUGAAUAUGAGAAAGAGGCUUGA